UUUCUGAUAGUGCUGAAGUUGGUGUCUAACUUGGGUCUUAUGGCUUUUUGUCGAAUCAAAGAUUUAUUUUGAUGUCUGUGAAGGAGUCUGGAUUGCAUUUAAAUAGUUCAAAAUCCCAAUUAUUAAAAAUGGUCAGGAAAUAACUGGAUUGACUCUCUCUCUCUCUCUCUCUCUCUCUCUCUCUUUCUAUCUAUCUUUCUGACAUUAUUUUUGCUGGUGGAGUUGCUAUUCCUUUGCUUGUGCAUGGUGAGGCAGUAGAAACAACAUGCCUGGAGUAUAUGAUAUAUGCUUGAAUUGCCAAUGGUGACAUAUUUAAAUUUUAUGUCUCAUUACACUUAGAUUUCAUGAAAUUGUCUGUCUUAUAUUUAUUGUCCCUAUCGCACUGCUGUUGUCUGACAGUUUUGCACUUAAAAUGGAUAUUUUACAAGCCAUAAGUUGCCAUUUUUCACCCACUCAAGAGCUACAAAAGUGCUGAAAAAUUACCUAACAGUGCUGCUUAUGAAUACAAACUAAAAAAAAAUACUAUUUCAGGAAUGCAGUACUCAAAGGAAAAUGAUUCAGAUGUAUUCUUCCCAAUCAAAACCUUACCUUUAGUUUAAUUUUAACAUUCUAUCUGCAUUUCAUUGGUGGUACAUGCACAGCAUGACUUUCUUUGAAUAUCUCAUUUUUUACUUUUUUCUUCUUUUUUUUUUUGCCUUCAGGACUUUUGAACUUCUGUGCACAGCGCCAAUCAUUCUCCUGAUGCUUUCCACAGCCGUGUGCCCUUCUUAACUUUUGGAACACUUCUAAUAACGCUGCCAUGUGUCUGCUUGCUUCUCUCUCUGGGUGAAACUCACCCAGUAAAUCCUUUUUAAAGCUUUUAACAGGUAGACCUGUAUCCUCCUCCGGAGGCGUGUGUUCCUAUUAUCCGGUCCCCUCCAAGUAAUUUAGUUAGUUAAUUAAUUGUCACGUGCAGAUUAAUUUAAGGAAGCUGGUGUCUGCCCGAUUAAAAGCUCUACAAUCAGUUUAUCUAAUGAGCCGUUUGCACCCAAAACAAUAAGCUACAAAUUGGUGCAGCGCCAAACCUUUCCUUUUGGUGCCCCACUGGAAGCUGGAAGGCCAUUGGUCGACUGGGCGGGCAAUUUGCAUACAGUGGGGCUUAAAGUCGGUCUGGUAACUCGGAGUUGGACUCAGGCAGGAGAAGUAGCUCCCGACUUGCAUCAUCUGAAUACUUUUUUUGGGGGGGACACUCAGCAUGGCGUUUUGCAAAGCUGCAUCUGAGGGGCUUGUCUUGACGCUUUUCUCUGUGUAUCUGUGCACUGUGCACUGCACAACUACUAGGUACUUUACCUAUGAAGAGGACGCACCCGGGACAGAAAUAGGGAAUUUAUCCCAAGAUUUAAAGAUUGAUCCGUCUGAUGCCCAUGACACAUCUUUCCGCUUCAUGCAGGAGAGCAACACCUCAGUUAUUCACAUGCGGGAAAGUGACGGACUCCUGACCGUCGCAGAUGUGAUCGAUCGGGAGCAGCUCUGCCCCAGGUCCCCUCGCUGCUUCAUCACCUUCAACAUCGUGGCCCACUCCAGGGAGAAGUUUCAGCUCAUCCACGUGGAGAUCGAGGUGAAGGACAUCAACGACCACUCUCCGUACUUCCCACUCAACGAAACGAAACUAGAGAUAGUUGAAAACGUUCCCCUGGACUCCAGGUUCCCGCUCCAGAUCGCUCUCGACGAGGAUGUGGGUGAUAACUACAUCCAGAGCUACAACAUCUCCCCCUGCAGCCACUUUGCUGUGGAAGUGCGCGAAUUGGAGGACGGAGUGAAGUUUGCCGAGCUGGUUUUGGUGAGUGAGCUGGACAGAGAAGUGGAGGACUCUUACACUAUACAGGUGACUGCGUCUGAUGGAGGAGCGCCUCCAAAGUCGGGAUCUAUGACUGUGAACAUCAAAGUGUUGGACUUUAAUGACAACAGCCCGGCUUUUGCGCACAGCUCCUUGAAAGUUGAGUUGGAGGAAGACUCCCCGGUAGGUCACCGAGUACUGAAAGUGCACGCCUUCGAUCCGGACCAGGGCAUCAACGGAGAAGUCGUGUAUGCGUUCCCGGAUGAGCUGUCAUCCGAAGCGGCCCAAACUUUCCACAUCGACCCUUACUCUGGGGAUGUGACCCUGAAGGCGCUGGUUGAUUUCGAGAAAAGGAAGUCAUACGAGCUGAUCAUCAGAGCCUCGGAUCAGGGCGAGAACUCCGUCCCGUCCACCUGCACGGUCGUAAUCGAGGUAGUGGACGUGAACGACAACGCUCCGGAGAUCAUCAUCAAGCCGAUGACCUCCAGCAGCGACUCGGUGGCCUACAUCACCGAGGCUGCGGCAGCGGAGAGCUUCGUGGCGCUGAUCAGCACCUCGGACAGAGACUCGGGCUCCAACGGGUACGUGCGCGUUAGCCUGCUCGGGCACGAGCAUUUCACCCUGCAGCAGGCUUACGGGGAGACGUUCAUGAUCGUUACCACCGGUACUCUGGACAGAGAGAAGAUCCAAGAAUACAACUUGACUGUAUUGGCAGAGGACCUGGGGACUCCCCCUUUUAAGACGGCCAGGCAGUACACAAUCAGUGUAACAGAUGAGAAUGACAACCCCCCUCUUUUCAGUAAGUCUGUGUAUGAAGUUUCAGUUUUGGAGAACAACAUUCCUGGCUCAUACAUUACUACCGUUGUUGCUCGAGAUCCUGACAUGGGAAAGAACGCGAAAGUUUCCUACAAACUCUUAGAUUCAGAAAUACCGGGAGGAUCUCCAGUGUCCACCUAUGUUUCUGUAGACUCAAUCUCAGGGUCCUUGUACACUUUGAGGUCUUUUGAUUAUGAGACGCUCCAACAGAUUGAGGUGGUCAUCCACGCAGAGGACAGAGGCUCCCCCUCUCUGUCCAGCACCUCAAUGAUCCGGAUCAGAGUCGUGGAUCAGAAUGACAACUAUCCAUAUUUCACCUUCCCUGUCCUGCUGAAUAACUCUGCUGAUAUCCCUCUUCCCUACAAUGCCCCCGCAGGCUAUCUUACCCUUCAGGUAGUAGCAGAAGAUGCGGAUGAGGGGGUGAAUGGCGAGCUCUCCCACCAAAUUCUGGAAGGUGACCCAAAGCUGUUUACCAUGAACAAAAACACUGGAGAGAUUGCUUUGAAGCAGUGGCUCACAGCCGAAAUAGGGGACGUGUUGGAAAUUAAAAUAACAGUCAGUGACAAUGGAAGGGCCCCUCUGUCUAGCAGUGCCACUAUUAGGUUUGUGGUUUCAGAUACAGAACCCCCUGAAGACCAGGUUGUCAUUGUCCUACAGUCAAGUGAGGAAGAAGGCUCCUCGUUCGAUGGCUCACUAAUCAUCAUCAUCGUACUCAGUGGGGGUUGUGCCUUCCUGCUAAUUGCAAUUGUGGCCGUCGCCCUCACGUGCAAACUGAGCCGUGGGGGAAGAAGAAGCCGUGGCAGAAAGAGAGAGGUGUGCCAGGGCCUGUUUGACGGCAGGCCCCAUUCCAUGCUCAGCUCUGCAGAACCAAACAUUUACACGGGCCAGCAGGGGUUCUUCCAUGAGAGGACGUCUUUGUCUCUGGAUGAUUCCUGCCUCUACGAGGAGAGGAGCAGAGACUCAGAAUCGAAGAUAUUCCUGCCCUCCAAGCAUUUUCAGCCAACGUCUGUGUGGCAAGGUGACAGAUACUGCUUGCAAGUGAGCGGCCUCAGCAACAAUGACCAGCUGAGCGUGAAGGACAGCGGUAAAGGGGACAGUGACUUCAAUGACAGCGACUCAGAUGUCAGUGGAGAUGGCGGCAAGAAGAACUUCAGCACCUUCCAACCCAGACUGAAAAGUACUAGUAGCAGCUUAUCUAGAGACUGCCAAAGUGCCUACUGUGUGAUACCACAGAGGAGCUACAGGAACUCUAGAGAAAAUGCCUACGCAAUAGGCUUCUCCCCCAUGCCUGUUUUCAGCAAUCCUCACAGCAUUAGGAAGGACUGUGGAUACAACACAAACCAGCCAAAACCAAGAAGCAACAUGCAGACAUUUUCCAGAUCUGGGACUCUUCCUUCCUACUUCCCCCAGCAGCUGCAUGAAACUGAUGCAGGACAGGCCACGGUCCACCAGGAGACUCCCAACAUUGUAACAGUGGCUACAGAAUCUGAAGUUGCAACUAUCUUUUAAUAAAAUGUGCGGGUAAUCUUAUUUAGCCGCACAUUGUGGAUGUACAUGUGUAGAAGUUUGUAUCAUAUUCUUAAUUAACAAGUGUACAUAUUUGUUUAUGAGGAAAAUGUGGGAGAAUGUUUAUUGGAUAUGGACAAAUCAAGCUUUUCCUGGCUGAUACUUAUUAUUGCGUGUCUGUGAAUUGCCUGUUUUAAUUUUGACAGGUAAUUUUUUCCCCUAAUAAUUAUUACAUAUAGAAGAAAAAACGUGCUGCACAUUUUUGUUUGUUUAUACUGUAAAUCAAACAGGAAGUUAAGGCUUUACUAGCUUACCACAAUUUAUGCAUCAAUGCAUUGCCUAAUGCAUACGUACCUAAACUUUACCUAAUUUCUCUGAGCAAAUGCUGAUUUGAGGGUUAUAGACCAAAAAUGGUCAGACCUCAUUGUAUUGAUUUAUUUAAUGAAGAGGGAAAAACAAAUAUUUUUUCAGUAUUUAACUUGCUAAGCACUGGUCAUAGCCAAUCAAGGAAAAAUGGUCCACUUCCGCUCUUUGGAAGAUUGGUUGGUGCACCUUGGUGUAUUUGUCUUUCAUUAUUUGAGUUUCAGUAUAUUCUGUGGUGUCUACUGCUGUGUUUCUGUU